AUGGAUGUUUGCAUGGCUCUACUCCUGCUAAUAUUCUUAAUAAUCAUUGAAACUAAUCCGACAUCUGAGAGGCGAGAUUUCUUCCACGCCUGUAACGUCGCGGAAAAAAGAUGCAUGUUCAGUUAUGGAAAGCCGGCGAUGGUGAGGAGAAUGUCCGAAGGUGAGGCACUCUGUGAACUUGCACACCCGAUGUCCAAAGUUGUGGAUGUCUCCAGUGGGCUGACGUUGGGAUUUCUGAGAAGGUUUCUUAGGAAAAAUGUUUUUAGCGGUGCCAAUGUUCUCGUGAGAUAUGGUAAAAAAACUUCUAAGAAGGGUACAGACCAAUGCAAGCAUAGGAUUCAUUACUUGCAGAAUUCAAAGCUGAAAAGUGAAUGCGCCACAGCCAGAGAUGAGCUGGAUCUCGUUGUCAUGUGUUUGCUAGAUUGUAACAGAAUAGAACUAGAAAGAACAAACUUGACGCCAAAAUUUAUGCUGAAACUCCCUUUAAAAAGCAAGUACAAAUGCAGGAAACUUUGCCAGCUUAAGAGCGUUUGUGAUGGUUUUGAAUGGGUGCGUAAAAAGUGCACGGUCGAAAUUAGGUCACCAAACGAAAAAUUUGUAAUCAUUUUGGUGGGUAAUGCGAAUCAAGAGCAUAUGAGGAAGAAGAAGAUAAGGAAGGCCUUGGUGAAGUUAGGAGUGGCCACCUAG